AUGGGAACAAGCAAAAGGAGCCAAGGGAAGAAGGAAAACAAGGAGACACAGUCUCCUGUGCUGAAGAUAUUUAAUCAAGCGUUCAAAGCUAAAGAACAACCAGACCCCGAGAAAGCCACGUUGCUGAAAGACAAACAGAAGGAGAAGAAAAGGAAAUCGUACGCUGGGUUCCGUAAAGCAGACCAAAAAUCUUACGAUUCAAGCAGUACAGACAGAUACAGACACAAACACAACAAGUUUACCAUCCAAGGGGUAAAAGAAGAAAGGAAUGAAGGAACUCCUCCACUCCAAGGCGAUGUCAAAGAAGCUUGGUGGGCUCAAAGAACGAAAGCAAAGAAAUCAGACGACACCUGUUCAUGCGUUUCUUGUGCAUUAAAGAAAGUCCUCGCAUCAGAAUACACCUGUAUGGCGUGUCUGCUUGUACUAUUUUCUGUGUCUGUUGUGGGGGCGUUUCUCCUUGUCUUCAAGUCCUCUCCUAUACUGGAAGUGACUAAGCCAGAAGAAAAUAAGAUAAAGAAGAUGCAAGUAAUCAAACGUCAGCUAAGUGACGAGGGGCCUUUUAAAAAAACCUGGGAUGGUCUCCAGAACUUAGCCAGUUAUUCAGGUCUCUUUGGCUCUGAAUUAUUUAUUCAACAGAACAAAUUAGAAGACAUGGAGGGGAUCAGCGGUGAUUUGGCUAGUGUUCUGGACACGGACAAGAUUUCAGAGAGUACAAAUAGCGUAAGGUUGCGAGAUUUCUACAAGAAAUUGAUUAAAACUGAUGCCCAGAUAAAAAAGCUGAAGGAUUCACUUAACAACUAUCAAGGUAGCAACAUGAAAACUUUCUACGAAAGAUUCAAGAGGUCGCUAGUUAAACCGAAACAAAAUUAUAAAGAAAAUAAUUUUCACUCUAAAGAGCGUGUAAAGAAUAAGAAGGUAAUAUUGUUCAAUACUGAUAACAAAAUGAGAUUAAAAAAGAGUCCUAAACUAGACAAUAGCACUGCUGGUCUCUUUGUGAAGGAAGAGAAAUUCUACGUCAAAUACGGACCUAUUCAAAGGCAGAAUUACCCUAGAUGCCAUCAUCCUCACGACGCGAAUCACCACGAAAAGAAAUUGAAACAUCCCUUUUACAAAAUCAGUCAGAGGUUUGACGAAAUGCUAAACAAGUAUAUGACUACUAAACGGUCUAAUGUACCUGAAGAUACAAGUGUACUGAAAAGUAAUAAAAUGAGAUUCAAUAAAAAAUUGGAUACACGCGACAUUGUAGAUCUUUCGACAGAGAUAGAUUUAAUAGAUGGCUUGGAAUAUCUGGAUAUCACACAAAAUGACAUUACUACUACCACUAAUGGAAAUGAAGAAAACACAAAUAUAUUAUUUAGUCAAAGUUCAGACGAUGAAAGUGUAAACAAAUACUUGAAAGCCAAUUCAGGACGAAAGCUUUUGCAAUACGACGAAGAAGGUGUAGAUAAUGUGGGUUAUGAAGAUUUUAAAGAAGUUCUAACUGAUGAUCAACAGAAUCAUGAUGAAAUGGAUCAAACACUUGAAAGAGUUAAACGCAAUAACGGGUUUCCCAUGACUCAAAAACACAUUGGAUCUGAUGUGUACAAUCGUAAUUGGAAAGGACCGAUGCCCCUUUAUCCCGAUGAAAUAAAUGCAAUGAUAAAACAAGCUGCAUUACACAAUCUAAACAUUCAAGUGCCUGUAGACACGAAAGAUAUCAGAGUAGAGAAGGAUAUAUCAGAACAGGAAAUCUCAGAUACAGAGUACUUAGAAGACUACUUAGAUAAUAAGUAUAAGUCACUCGUAGGCAUGGCUCAAGCCUACAGUGAUUAUGGCGUUUUAGAUAUCAAGAAAGAAGACAAUAGUGAAUCUACUACAGGAACAGAAGAUGCGAGUGAAAAGUAUAAGUUUAUUUCACGAAAUUUGUUCAAAAAAGGGGCUUUUGGCCGAACUAAAAAAGAUUGGGAAUCAUCUGAAGGUAUACAAAUUAAAUACAAACCAAGUCCCAGAAGCGAUAGUAAUUUAUUUAAAAUUCUACGAGAACAUAUACAAUUUUCGAGGCCUUCCCCAACGUACGGAUCAUUAAAAUCUGAAAAGGUAUUCACCCCAUCAGGUCUUGAGAUACAAUUGGUCACCGAUAUACCCCAAAGUAAAGGAAAAGAAAACGACAUAUACAAAUUCAAGGUGCCACAGCGAAGUUUACAGUCCAUAAAUACAAAGGUUUUAAUAGAUCAAUCUACCACAACUAAUAAAGUUAAAGAAGAUACUAUCAAAUUGACAACACUAAAAUCUAUGGAUAUACUAAAUAUGACUGGUGCAGAUCAAGAGACAAAUAGAUCAAUGGCUUUAGGAGACUUUUUGAAUAUGAUGAGAGAUUGGUUCUUCCAUAUGGCUGUAGUAUCUGGUGAUUUAGAAGACAAAGGCAGAAUUCUGGAAAAAAACAUAGAUAAGCAUGAAAUAUCUGAAAGUCCCAAGAAGAACUUAACUACUAAUCAAAGUAGGGAAUAUAUUUUUGAUUCAGAAAAAAAUGGUAUUCAUGAAUAUAAGUCAAGAAAAUUAUUAUCCUUAGAAGAAAAUAAAACAGUUACUGAAAUAAAGCAAGAAGCCGAUUCAAAGACUCUUAAACACGUUGAUGUAAAUGCAACAUUAUUACCCACGUUUAAUAAUACAAUUGCGACAACCAACCCUGACGUUCGAGAUAAAAAUAAAACUCUAUUUAAAAGAAGCGUCGAGAACAAUAACUUCAUAUUUUGGAAUGAUAUGUAUGACGAGGAUGAGUAUGGAGCUAAAAUUGAUUAUUUUGAUGAUGUGAUAAGAAAUAAGCACACACCAAAGUAUUAUAAUAAAGUAGCGCUAUUGAAGUCCAAGGAUUGGGUUCAGAGUAAAAUGAAGGGUAUGUCAAAUAAGAUAAGGGACGACCUUCAAAGGAGGAUAAGCAAUUUAAACACUAGGAUGUCAAGCAAACUGUCACAAAUGCCAGCACAGAAUCCAAAUCGUCGACCACUAAGAAGUGUCGAUACAGAUUCGGAAGACGUCGACGUAGCAAAGAGUUUUGCAGUUUUAAAUGCUAACCUAAAGCAUGUGUGUCGGCAAGCUGCAGAGGCUGUCCGAAAUACUAGGAAAAUUGAGGCUCGUGAAGAAAAUAAUGAAGCAUCUCAAGCGACUGGUCUCAUGCAGCAGCUAGUUCAUCUGAUGGCUGAUCUAGUUGACAUCCAAGUGCAGCAAAAGACGUGUGCUAAACUACCCGCAGACCUAAGAGACUUCCUAGAGUGGCUCGUAGUACCACCAGAAUACCAUCCUAACGUGGACAGUCUGUCGUCAAUGUCGGAAUAUAGUCAUCUUUUUUCUGAUGAUAGUAGAUAUGAGAAAUCUUCGGACAUAUAUGAUCUGCCUUUGACAGAAGACACUCAUCAAGAGGAUAGGACAGAGUGUUUGGGAACCAUAAGGGCUGUACAAGAUUUAAUACAACAAUACGAGGGGAUGAGUGAUGAAGAUAAGAGCAAGAUGGCUGGUGUAAAGGAAUACCUUGAAAACCAACUGGAGUUUCUUAAUGGCAAGCUGAAUAGUUUGAACGAAUAUGACACACUAAAAUUCAGAAAGAGGGAAGCAAGAAAUAAACGGAGCCUGAAACAUCCUAGAUUCAAACGACUGUUCAACAGAUACAUCAAUAAUUUCGCCCGAAAACACACUAAGACGACAGUACCAACUAAAAUAACAAAAGCAAGAAUAUUAGACAAAGAGAAAAGCAAUAAUGAUGAUAAGAAGAUAGUGAAAGAAUUUGGAAACAGUUUAAGUGAUAAAGAAAUCGAAGUGAGUGAGAGUGCUAAUCGCUUGAAAGAGCCAGAGAGGAAAUCUAGAAACUUGAAGGAUGUAUAUUUCAAAGCUUUAGACGAAGCUAGAAAAACAACAGUGAAGAAGAACUGA